AUGUCAUCAACUAAUCCUCCAUACGAUGCGCAGGCCUCCACAAACUACAGAGAAGCAUUUCAACUUUUCGAUAAACGCGGUACUCAGCGUGUGCAAUUGGAUCAACUUGGAGAUUUGUUGAGAGCGUGUGGUCAGAAUCCUACCUUGAAUGAGAUUAGAGAGUUGGAGAAGAAUGUUGGUGGUGAAUUCGAUUUCGAAACCUUCUCCAAGAUUCUCAACCGACCAGGUGGAUUCCGCGACCCAGGUGAACCAGAGGAAUAUUGUCGUGGUUUCCAGGUUUUCGAUAAGGAUAUGACAGGAUUUAUUGGAGUCGGACAGUUGAGAUACAUCUUGACGAACUUGGGAGAGAAAAUGAGUGAUGAGGAGGUUGAUGAAUUGUUAAAGGCGGUUGAUACCAGUAGUGGGGAGAUUAACUAUACUGAUCUCGUACGAACAAUCCUCGCAAACUAGAUGUUAUACUUCGUUAUGGUAGAGGGUUGCAAAUAUUACAGGGAGAUGAGCGGAGAUGCGAUGGGGACAGGCAGGGAGAAAGAGAGUCGGAGAUAUACGAGUAAGGAGAGGAACGAAGAUAUCAUAACAGUUGUAGGAAUUACUUUUUCGCGACGGCAUAAAUAGGAGCUGUGGAGUGGAAGGAUACCGUAUUGAUAAUGGCUAUGGAUGGCUAUGGCGUUGAAUGAACUUUGAGGCCUGCAAAGGCAGAAAUGGAUAUCAUGAUUUUUUUCGAGAUGAUAUUGAAGUGUGUAUCGUAGAUGUUGAUGUGAUAUGAUGAAGAGUGUGAAUGUAUGAGUGAGUGUUGUUCUAAUUGGAGAUUGAUUAGCUUACCUCUUACUUACCUAGUAUGUUAAUGAUUUUGGUUUCA